AGUUAAAUAGCAAAUGCCCUCGUUAUCAUUCCUUCAUUUGUUGCCUGUAGGUAUAAACCACAAGUAUCCAUUAUGAAUAUGAAGAUAUAUUUGGUUUUGUUGGCGGUUAUAGCUGCUGUCAAUGCAAGUGACUUUGGCAAGAAGCACAACAAGAAAACAAGAUUCUUACCCGAAGCAAGGAAAAUGUUGAGAGAAGCGAGUUACAAGGCGAUUAAGUUUGUUUGUGAUAGAAAGGUCGUUCACCCUCAAAUAUUCAACACAAUCUGCAAGAAAGUAAGAAGGCGUUUAAUUACAGGCCAAGCCCCAGUAAGCGGGUACAAAUCAGAGGAUUGCAUUGACUGUGAGAUUGCCGACCCUGUGUGCUGGGACGCGUGCCCUAUGAUGUGAUACAGCAUCAAAUAAUAUAUAGUAGGGUGGGGUAAGAUGGGAUACGGUUAGCACCUAAUCCCAAAUUUUCUGAUAACUUUUUUAGAGUCGCCAGGAUUCGUUUUUCUUCAUUUCUGUGAAUAUUCUUUGUUUACUAAAAAAUAGGACGAUAAAAGAGUAUAAAUACAUGUCCCAUCUUGCCCCACCUUAUCAUACAUUAAUGUGGAUAUUAGUGGUUAUUCAUUUAAUACACUAUAUCCGCUCA